GAUUCAGUUUCGUACAAACUUUUGAGAGAUGAACAUCGGUUGUGUGUAGUACAGCGGGCGCGUUUCUAUUACACAUCUGAAAUUUGUUGUGCUGAUUUUAGUUUCUGUUAGAAAAUAUAAAAGUUUUGCAAAGUGUUUCGUUCUUCGAUUAUUUUUUUUGUUGGUUUUGUGUUCCCUCUGCGUAUAAUUAUACACGGGAAGGUGUCCGAAGUAAAUAUCAGUUUAAAAUAGGGAGAAGAACAAAUUCGUCAAAAUGGUUUUGCUGGUUUAAUCAAAGUGUAAUUGGUCAAUUGGAGUGAUAAAAUAAGAUCCGAAGACGUUUUUUGUGUCGAUCUCAGCCCAUUUAUUUUUUUAAAACAAAACAUUUACAAGUUCGUCGUGUUCCGCGGUUACAUAAUUUGUUUAUUUUAAUCUGGAUGUGAUUUUCGGUGGUCAAUGGGUACGGAACCCAAAGAAUUAAUUGCAAAAACGUGCUAGGAACAUCGGCUAAGUUUUUCAAUAUUAUCGUCUCUGGGCAAAUAACAAAGUUCGCUCCACAUCGAAUCCGGUUAAGUGAAUUCUGAUUGUGUACGUCAGACGUCAAUCGAUUUUGUAUAACAAUCAGAGAGAUAAACGUGAGCUUAAAAAUGAAGAUCACCACAGGAUUACAGUGUCACAAUAGUCUAGUGUUCAUGUGCAAGUUAUUUGUGUGCGUAUGUUUGUUGCACUGUGUUUUGGUUGUGAACGCGAAGAGCUUAGAUCAUCCGGACCAUCAUCACUCGCCACAUUCCACAAAGGACACGGAAUACGGUGGUGGCAGUGAUGCGAAUUCGUGUGACAGUGUGACCCAUUACUUCAAUGCAUUAAAUGUUACCGUUCGGCCGGAUAUCAAUGGCAAGACUGGUACAUUAUGCGGUGGUCACUGUUGUGGAAAUGAUUCAGAGGAAGAGCUCACAAUAAAAUCAACGAACAAUUUCUAUCGAAUGCUUCGUCAUCACACGCGUAGCUUGAGAAAUAUUUUGGAAUCGACGGCCAAAACAUUUAGAGAUCAUGUCGUCGAACUUACGAUACAGUCGGAGAAUAAAACUUUAACUUUAUUUUCUCAAGUCUACCGACGAAUGUCGCCACUGUCACGGCAACCAAUUCUGGAAUUCUACAGAGAAAUCAGAAAUUUCUUCAACUCUCGAACGGAGUCCAAUCUAGACGAAGUGGUGACACACUUUUUUCGUGAACUAUUUCCCGUUGCAUAUCAUCAUGCCGUUCAUUCGGGCAGCGACAGUGCGAAAGGCGAUUUCCAUGUCGAUUACAAGAAUUGUCUGAUGCACACAUUCGAAGAUUUGCAACCGUUUGGCAGCAUACCAAAAGUGGUGGCUGGCAAUUUGAUACAAAGCAUUGGUGCGGCUACAGUUUUCAUGACUGCAUUAGACCGAGGAGCGGACAUUUUAGAGAGUGCCGAAGAAAUAAAUUCCGACUAUUUGACAACGAAGUGUCGUAAUCAUUUAACGAAAAUGCACUACUGUGCUGGAUGUAAUGGCAUUAGCAAACAUAAAACGAAAACGUGUUACGGCUACUGCACAAACGUUAUGAGAGGCUGUCUAGCGCAGUAUGUCGGUGUGUUAGACAAUCCUUGGUCGAAUGUGGCCGAAUCGAUUGAACUGUUGUACCAUAAUUCGGUAAAAACUGAUAAAGGCAUUGAAGAAGUGAUAAAAACAUUAGACGUUAAGUUAUCUGAAGCCAUCAUGCAUGCUAUGGAAAAUGGACCAGAGCUGGAGAAGAAAGUGAAAAAGUCGUGUGGGAUUCCGUCGCUUUUACCAAGCGAAAAAAUAAUUGCUGAUGAGGAUUUGGAAGUGAUUACAACAGUGCAGAACAAGUGGGUGUCACCGCCGAACACUGAGAUGUUAAAGUUUUUGGUGAACAUCGACAAGUCCAAAGAUUUUUACGCUAAAAUUGUAGAUAGCGUAUGCGAAGAUGAAGAACUGAAACAAGACGACCGUCACUGUUGGACUGGUGACCGAAUCGGUGAUUACACCCAAACCGUAAUGGCCAACGGUGUUGAUGCGCAACGAUACAAUCCAGAGGUGCCGCUGGAACAGAAUGCUUAUGCCAAGACAAAUAAAUUAAAUGAACUAGUCGAUAAACUAAUUAAAUUACGUCAUACCGUUACAAAUGCUAUGACACCAUCGCAACAGAUCUACGAUUUUCAAAGUGAUAUGGCGCGUCACGACGAAGAGGGCUCUGGCGGAUAUAGAGAUGAAGAAGACGAUUACGAGGAUCACAAUAUUGGCGGAUCGGGUGAUGGAUCCGGUUACGGUACCAACGAACCAUCCAUACCCCGCGUAAAUACCAUCGAUGGUGAAACAACAACGGGAUCCAGUUCUGCAUCAACUCAAUAUCGAAUCUCUAUUUAUUUAGUAACAGUUUCAAUUGCUGCAGUAGGUACACUAGUGUUCACUCGAUAAACCAGAAGACGACCGCAACAGCAACAACAGAAAGUAAUUUUGAUUUUUAUUGUGAUCGUUGACAAGAUUGAAAUUUCGGAAUGACCACCCGGACUAUUUUCGAAAUAAAAUCUCUAGCGAAAAAAGAAAAAGAAAUUAAUUUGAACGAUGGAAACGUCCGUUUUUCUUCUGUUGGUAGAGAGAGAUGCGCUUUCGAGAAUGAACACAGUCAUUUAAAUGGGGAUAAAAAACCAUUUCUUUGAUAGGAAUUUAAUAAAUUGUAGAUAUUUUUUAGUUUUUGUUUUAUAAUUUCAAAGAGCAAUUUAAUAUAAACGGAGAGCAAAGAGAUAGAGUGAAAGAGAUAAUAAAAAAAUUACUUUGAUCCAUUGGACGAGUUACAGCCAUUCCAAAAUUAUUUUUUGGCAUUUUUUUUUACACAAAAAAGGCUUCCAUGCACAGAGUUGCCAUGUUUCAAUUUUAUCAAUAACACAUCAGUAAUGACAGGCUGAUAUGAUCCGCCGCGUUAAAUCCGGUCCAAUAUGACCGCUGUUAAAACUUCAUUUUGGAUUAGAAACUAUUCAGCUUUUGUUAAUCAAAAUUGGUCGACGGCAGUUGAGUUGUAGCGGCUUCUCACAUCUUCAUUUUGGUCAAGUUUGAAAGUAAGAAGAAUAGGUAAAGUGUUUGGAUGAUUUUAAACGGGCUUUUGCAUUUAUUACAAUGAAACCAGUGGGAAAAUAAUCGAAAAUAAUUCGGCUUAACAACUCAUAUAGUCAAACUACUUCAAUCAUUUGAGGCUUUGAAAAGAAUGUCCCACAUUAUCUUUGGCUCAGGACGCCCUGAGGAAUUUUCUGUUGAAAAUAUACGAGCAAACGACCCACAAUAACCUCGUUACGAAUGCAAGGCUCGCCUUCGGCUCUCCUUGAAACUUUUCGUACUCGGUAAUUGCCGUUUUUCCAUCCGAGUCAAUAAUGUACUAAAAACGAUCUAACCGAUUUGCCAUGACUGAGACUACAUUGUCGAGUACUUAAUGCACGAAACUAAAGAGCUUCAAUUCGACAAAAAAAACAGGAAGUGACAACGUAUUGGACCACCGAUAUCGAAGUUAACAGUUCGAGUCUCGGUCUAAUGUACUUCAUAUAGUCGAUUGGAUCGAUUUUUUGAUACUUGAUGAAGCGAAAUUUGUCAAAAAAAAAUUAAUUUGGAAUGGCUGUGUGGUAAAGUUGGAAUGAAAGGAGAAAGAACCGAAACAUUUUAUUAUUGAAAAUAUAAUUAACAAUUUAUGUAUGUUAUUAUAUGAAUAUUUAUGAUAAAAGAUAACAUGAAAAAAAAAAUUGAAUUAAAAAUUUGAAUUGUUGCAAUUAUUAUGAAUAAAUUAUGGAAAAAAAUAGAGAGAAAAAAAAUUGUUACAAAAAAAGAGAAAAGAAAAUUCUAUUUUAUGGAAAUGAACAAAAUCUAUACUGAAAACAUCGAAAUGAAAAUCGAUAGAAAACUGAAGUGUGCUGUAAACAUUAUGUAUACCCGAACAACCACGAAAAUUUCUGAUUAGUUUCUUCAAUUAUUUUCAUUUUUAUUUUAAAAAUUAGAGUCCAAAAACAAAAUCAAAUUGCGUCCCAAGUUUGCGUUCCCCUUUUAAGCUUAGCUGCAAUUUUAACUAAGUCGUCAUUCACGAAUCCGUUAAAAUUUACUGCAACUUCGCGGAAUGAAACGCACUCACUAACUUUACUGCAUGAAAAUAAUGCGAUUGAAUGGAGCAAGAACGAAGACGAGUGUCUGUAGUGGGACAAAUAAAGUACCAUACUGAUUUCAAGAGACCGAUGUGUUAUGAGUGCGUUCAAGAUGAAUAUUGGUCAUUUGGUCAGAACUUGUUACUAGUUUUAUGGACAAUUACUUUAAUGAAAUUUCAAUUUAUUCCCGUUCCCGAAACGAAAAUCAACAAUAUUUAAGUCGAAUUUUACUUAGCCCGGAUUGGUGAGGGAAGUUUCAUUGUGCGUCGGUGUAUCCAUUGUGCUAUGUUGAAAUCUACUUCUUUGCGGUUGCAUUAUUUUGCGAGCGAUGCGGGUUGAAUGCAAGACGUGAUAAUGUUUCCUGACAGUCGGAGAAAAAGAAGAAAUCACAAUAUCAAUCCCAUUCUAUAUACCAUUCCACUCACCACAUUCAUGCAUAACCAAUGUUAAGAGCAAUUGGCCCUUUGCAAAAUUGUAGCCUACAUUUACGCGGAAAAAUAUUCGUUUUUUGAUGAUUUCUCUGAACCAAAAUCGUUUUUUGAAAACCGUUCAAGACACGCAAGAAUGUGUUACUUUUAAAGGAAAAUUUGUUUUGUGGAUGAUAGCUUAACCCACUUGGAGAAGCCCGGGCAGAUUACAUAAAUUUACACAAUCAAAAAACCAAUUUUCCCUCUAAAAGUAACACAUUUUUAUGUGCUUUAAUGGUCCUACUUUAAAAAAAGGCUUUUGGUUCAGAGAAAUCAUCCAAAAACAAAUAUUUUUCCGCCUAAAUGUAGGCUACAAUUUUGCAAAGGAUCCAUUGCUCUUAAGACACUUUUGUAUUUUAUAUUAAGUUGGAUAUCGUAUGUGGAGUGAAAUAACAUCAGUUAGAUUGUUAUCGUUGAAAUCUCACUGUCACAAAAAUAAUUUCCCCUGUCACUGGUCAGUGGAAACUAAUCUAUUUAGCAAAUUAAAACUUAACGAAAGUUCAUUUCAAUAUUAAGUAGUUUUGUUACAAUAAAACAAAAAUACUGGAAAUUUUAUUUGGUUCAUCUGUUUCGAAAGUUUUCAAUAUUGAAAUGUCGCGACAUGUCCAUAUCGAUCGAUUUUAUUUUGAUUUAGUUUGAAAAUGUUAAAGUGAAAUAUUUUGAUUUAUUGAUGUCCAUUAAGAAAUAAAAUUUUCUUUUUCUUCUGUUAAAAAUCAUUUAAUAAAAAAAAGUGAAAAAAAUGAUAUAAUUUAGCGAUGAAACAAUUAUGUAAAUAAUUAAACGAAAGAAAUGAAGAAGAGAAAGAGAAAGAGAGAGAGAGAGAGAGAACCACAGAAAGAUAUAUUUAUAUUUAACAAUUUUGUAUGAGUCUGUUGUCUAUGUGCAGAGUAAGUGAAAUUGAACGAAUAAAUGAAUCAGAUUUUAUUUACGGAAAAUAUUUUUUAUUGUAAAUUAAUGAAAUUAAAAAUUUAUUAUUGUAGGGCAUACGAAAUGAAAAGAAAUAAUUAAAUUAGUCAAUCAAGAAUAUUAUAGUAGUUAGCCGUUAAGUGUGCCAGUGAUUUUAUGUUUUUAAGUUAAAUUUAGUUUUCUUUUCAUUUUCAUUUUUAUUAAAAAACAAAAUUCAAUGCUGAAAACCACGAAAUGUACAUUUUUUUUCGUUUCAUUUUUAUCGCAACCGUAGUUAGCAGAUUUGUGGACAAAAAAAUUACAAAAUUUUCAAAUUCUUAUUUCCAACACAUUUCUCUUGUCGAUAACUUCAGUUCGAUAAAUGAUCUCGCGGUUUUGAUACAAUAUUUCCAUCACGUAUUGGAGCUAAGCGUAUUGGAUUUUCAUUCGGCAAAACGACACGAAAAACUUGCACAACAGUUGAGUAAACAUUCUGCUUGCAGACAGUUUCUAUUUUCCAUAUUGCGUGGUUAAGAAAAUCCGUUAAACAAAUGGGACAUACACAAUUACUAUCGUUAAGUUGGAUCCCUGUUGUCACUGGCAAACCAUUUUCAGAACAGGGCAUGGGACGACGUAUCCUACAUUCUUGUCUUCAUAACUCGAUCGUAUUCAGGUUCUUGAAGUUUUAUCCUGAAAACUACAACAGCGCCAUAUUCAGCCAGAGAAAAUGUGCUGACAAAUAGUGAAAACGUCAACGAGAUCCAUGUCCUAUUGAAUUCAUUUAAAUAAGAUGGCCUGUCGUCGAAACAGCAGUCGUAUGAUUGGAACUGUUGCACAGUCCACAUCAUGCAGUUAAACCCGUUAAAUUCAUUCAACAUUCCGUUACACUGUCGUGCAUUGACGAUACAUGUUUUAACCCGGCCAACGCCUAAUCAAAUAGAUUCUCAAUUAGUGCAGCGCGUGUGCCAGAAAUUUAAAUAUUUUUAACUGAAUUCCCAUUUCCAAUACCCUCUCUAUCAACCUACUUUAAUUCAUUAAGGUGGUAGAAGUGCAACGUCGCCUUUGAAUUUUACAAAAUUAGAAAUUAGUCAACAGUGUAUGAAUGUAUGAUCUUACAAACAAAGGCUUAAAGUGGUAUUUUGACAGCGUCAAAACGAAGUUUGUUUGCUAGAGCGGGUAUUGCCAUUUCCCACUUCGACGUUCUAUUUUACGUUUUGUUUUAAAUGGAACUUAUGUUGUAAAUGGCAAAGCCCACCACGAAAAUACACGGAGAAGCAUAGUUGCUCUGCGCUGUCAUUUGCGCGAUUAAACUCAGCGAAAAGUUUGAAAAUGUCAACAGUCGGUAAAAUGUUCAAAAAUCCCGAUGGAGUGUUUCACCUACUCAGACAGUGUCAAUUGUUUAGAGACAAAUAUUUUACGCAGGUAAUUUUAUUCUCUUCAAAAAUUUCACAACUUUUAGAGUGUUUGAAGCAUGUAGGAAUUUUUAUCAUCGGUACUCCUGGUCGAGUUUCCAUUCCUGUUAACCUUACAGUAACGUGAAACGGUUAGCAAAUUAUUGAAUCUGUUACUUCAUUUAUGCAUUUGUGUAGUAUCUCGUUGUGUGUGUGUGUGAUACAAAAUCUAUCACUUCACUAUUUUUAUCAUGCAUAUGAUACUAGAGUACUAGCUGGAUCCCAUUGCUUAUUCUUGUCGAUAUCAGAUAGCUAGCUGUUUCUAAGAGGUUACGAAUAUCAAAUUUGAGCUUGACUAAUCUUUGUUCCGUCGACAUUUAUUUAGUAUUAAGGAGAUAGAGUAGAAAAACAACUAAAUGUGGUCGAAUCGCGUAGAACAUCAUGUAAAUAUAAAAACAAAAAGUUACGUUGAGAAUGU